AUGAUCGGACUCCUUGCCUAUUCUUGGACUUCCUGGAGGAUUUUCAUCAACCAUGCAGUUGUUGCGGCUCCGAGUUGGGGCGUUCCCGGACUUACGAUUGAACUUCUUGCUGCCGCUUCCAUAUUGGAGCAGAUUAUUGGGAUUAUUGCAUUUCUCUACAAAUACCACGAUAACAAAUCUUUGGCAUUCGAAAAUAUAGUUUCAUCCUCUAUUAUAAAUGUCUUCGCUGCAUUUUUGAUCGCUCUUGACUACCACAGAAACGAAAGCGUCGUGCCCUUCCACCUAGAGAGUGCGAGAUCAUGUGUAGUUAUAUUUUACGCAGCUUUUGUGGUCAUGGGUGUUCCUAUCUUGACUGCGUUCGUUGUGAUACCAGCUCCAGUGAUGUGCGGCUUUGUUGUUCGUCACACAGUCAUUUGUGCUUUCCUGGGUUACGGUAAGAACACCGAUGAACGCGGCCCAAUUCUGGGAGUACAGUGGUCGUUUGGGAAGGACUUGGACAAAAUUCCAUCUGGAGUGAAGCCAAAACCAAUUGCUCCUCUGCAUUCUCAUGGAGACAAGUUAGGAUCUAAUGAUCAUGAUAAAGCUGCAUCAGAAGAUUUGGCCAUCAUUGUGCCACCUGACCCCAAAUUUACAAGUACGGAUUCAGUACCAGAAUUUCAAAUCUUGGGAAUAAGCAUGGGCUGGACGAUAUCAAGUUUGGUGUUGAAUUUGGCCUGUACGAUUGUGUUGUCGAGGACCACUCAAGAUCUGGAUCUGACCGCUUCUACAAGAGAUGUGACUGCAAUGUGUCUUCUCCUUGUAAUACGAAAUAUAUUAUCAUGCCACCUUAUCACUCUCGCAGCUAAGAAGAGCAGCAAUGUUGGGAGUGCCGUAGAAGAUAUGGUCUCUUUCAAUGGUUGGCUUUUAUUUAUGGCUCGAGAGAGUGCAGCUCAGAACGAAAAAGUCCCCACAGGCACUCUGAAUGGAUAG